AAAUCGAUUAUAGAUCGAGCGAUCUACUCACUUCGACCAUUUUCGGUUCAAGUCGGAGCGGAUCGGCUACGUCAUACUACUUACUUCUUUAUGCAUGGUCCUCUCUCUAGCUUAGUCAGUCGCUUUCGCGUCGUUGUUCCGUUCAUUCAGAUGGUUGUAAAUUCGAACGGAAAUUAGACUUGUGUACAGAUGUAAUUGUUUUAGCAAGUGAUUCCAAGCAAACAUAUAAGAACAUUACAUUGCAGUUAUCAAAAGUGUUUUGUGCUUUAUCUUUGGUAAAGAGAUCUUUCGAAAUGGGCGCCAUUGGCGGCAUUAGGAGCUACACAUUUUUCGCGGCAUUCCUGCUUUUCGUCGAAAGUGUGCACAGUUUACAAUGUUAUCAAUGCGUCAGUACAAACAACACCGACCCCUUCCAAUGCAACGAAUUUCUCUCGAGCGACAUCGAUAUCAAACCACAGCCUUGCGAUGCUGUUUACGAGGCGCAGUAUUGUGUGAAGCACACUGGUCGAUUCGAGGCGACCAGUCUGGAUUGCUACCAGUGUACGUCGGAAGAAGAACUGAGUUGCGGAGAUAGCAAUUUGGUAAUAAGUACCUUACAACCAACGAACUGCAGUCAUGUAUACGAUGCACAGUACUGUAUCAUAUCGGUCGGACGAUUCGGAGGUGGAAUAGGCACGAAACGAUUCUGUUCAGCACUGGAUCUGGGGAAUUAUUGCGAUUACGUGAAACAACAGGGUGACAAGUUAAGUUACCGAACCUGUAUCUUCACUUGUACCGGAGACGGAUGCAAUCCAGCGGCCAUUUUGAUACCAAAUAUCGCAUCGAUGGUACCAGUUGGAUUAUUAGUAGUUUACGAAUUAUUCUUCGUAAGGUAGAUAUUCUUAUACGAUAAAAUUCUUUUGAAUGCAUAUUUUAUGCACUCAAGAUAAAUGUAAAAUCAGUUUUUUAAAUCUAUUCCGUCCUUAAUGUGUUAGCACGAAGUAAUACGGAAUGUCAAUUUUUGACGUACCUUAGGGGAACAAUUUGCACUCGAUUAAUUGUAUAAAAUGACACUGACGUGCCUUCUCUUUUUAACAAAAUAUUAAACGAAGGUACUAAUUAGUAGUUACCAAUAUAAUUAUAGUUAAUAACACAUUUUAUAUUUAUAUUUAACCUGCGUCGUCAUAGAUUUAAUAUUUCUUUUCGACUGUACAAUUGCAAAUACGCUUAUACUUGUCUAAAAUAAUUGUGGCUUGCGUAGCACAAAAAAAAGAUUCUAGUGUUUAGAAUUUAUUAAUAAGUUUCAAUUAAUCGACACGUUCGUAAUAUGAAUUACAAUUAAGGUACCCAUUCCUAAUACCGAAUUUUAAUGACGUUAAGUUUCCAUUCGUACACAACUAUUAAGCUGUGUACUUACAUAUAGUUAUUUUUUUACCAUAUUAUUUUUUUUUUAUUAAUUUAACAAAGAUCUAGAUUACUUAUUUUUGUAUAUUUUUGUACAAAAUACGAAUCUUUUUCAUAUUUGAACAGUGUAGAUACGAAAACCUACUGUGUUUCUCUUUUUUAAUUCUUCUUUUUUUUCUAAACAUACAACAUGAACAAUUCUAGAAUUAGAUUUAGAUACUAAGGAACAUUCUGUAUGAAUUACAAGAUAAUAUAAAUGCGAUCGAA